CAAACCAUUGUCUUAAAUACCCUGCGUGUCCUGAAUACGACGUGUUGUUCAUUACACGCCAUAAAUAUUAUCUGAUCGAUACUUACAUUAGUACCUGCAGUCUCUUAGUACUUUGUCACGCUGAAACGCAGGUUAAAUUAAUGUGCGAGGAACGCAGCUUUAUCGGAACUCCUUUCCUAGUGAGAAGCUCUAUACGGAACUCAAAAAGGUUACACCAGUAAUGCUAACCAGCUGUGCAGCUAGUGUCACCGGUGUUGUCGCUGAGAGCCAGUCACUUACCUUGCUGCUGUAACUGUAAUCUUGUUAACAAGUACAGAGCUGAAUGACAGUGGCUGUGCUGUCUAUGCGUCACUGUUUUAAUAAAAUUUCGAGCAGCUGAGAGGCUGAAAAUGAGAGAAGGAGUGUGUGUCUUGUGACUCAGCUCUUGUGUAGCCAUGGAGAAGCCCUGGAGGCUGUGGGGGGCAAUGGAGCGUUGCACCCUGACUCUAGUUUCCUGGUCUUGGGGUGCCUGUCGUGUCUCCCUUUUGGCCCUUAUCCUCACCUUCCACCUUUAUGGAGGAUUUUUUCUCCUUGCUCUCAUUCUAGCUUCUGUGGCAGGCAUCCUCUACAAGUUUCAGGAUGUGCUCCUCUAUUUUCCUGACCAGCCUUCCUCCUCUCGCCUUUAUGUUCCCAUGCCAACAGGAAUCCCACAUGAGAAUGUGUACAUUCGUACCAAGGACGGUGUGAAGCUCAACCUCAUCCUGCUUCGUUACACAGGAGGGGACACAUCUCCUGGAGUCACCGCUGGUAAUCAAAGCUGCCCUAAUUCCUCGGCUCCACCUACUAUCCUUUAUUUCCAUGGCAAUGCAGGUAAUAUUGGUCACAGGGUGCCAAACGCUCUGCUGAUGCUGGUCAAUCUAAAAGCUAAUGUGGUGUUGGUGGACUACCGUGGUUAUGGAAAAAGCGAGGGUGAGCCCAGUGAGGAUGGGCUGUACCUGGAUGCCGAGGCCACAUUGGACUAUGUCAUGACCCGUCCUGAUUUGGACAAAACAAAGGUGGUACUUUUUGGUCGCUCACUAGGGGGUGCCGUGGCUGUUCGGUUGGCAUCAGUCAACCCUCAUCGUGUAGCAGCCAUUAUUGUUGAAAACACCUUCCUCAGCAUCCCCCAUAUGGCAGCAACACUCUUCUCCUUCCUGCCCAUGCGCCUGCUACCCUUGUGGUGCUAUAGGAAUAAGUUCCUGUCCUAUCGACAGGUGGCGCUGUGCCGCAUGCCUUCGCUGUUUGUGUCUGGUCUGUCUGAUCAGCUCAUCCCACCAGUUAUGAUGAAACAACUGUAUGAACUGUCUCCUGCACGGACUAAACGUCUGGCUAUCUUUCCAGAGGGCACGCACAACGACACGUGGCAGUGUCAGGGCUAUUUCGCUGCUUUGGAGCAGUUCAUUAAAGACCUGCUGAAGAGCCAUGCCCACGAGGAGAAUGCUCAGCCCUCAGCUAGUGUCACCAUUAUCUAAAAAAUAAAAUAGUCAGGGACUGACUGAUUAUGGGCUUGAGUGAAUUGAUUGGGGGAAUUUCACUGAUUGGGAAGAAUGUACUUUUAUAUGCUUUUGUCUGGGGUUUUAUUUUAUUUCACUCUUUUUACCUUUCUGUAAAUUUAACAUGUUACAAUGUUUUCACUGUUUUAAGGUCCUAAGAGAGUAACAAUGUCCUCCUGAGUAUGUUUUGCAGCUAUGUAUGCAUGUAUUUUUGACCUUUCUAUGAAUGAAGCCAGAUCAUACAUGUCACAACCACAGAAAAAUUUGAUGUAGUGAGUCUGCUCAAAUAAAUGUGUCCAUAUAGGGCCCUAAUGGCGUUUCAUUGAAAACUGAUUGUUACUAGAGUUAAAAUUUCAGUUCUUCUGAUAUACUAAAUUAGGUGUGAUAAUUAAUUUUAGGCCUUUGCUGUAAAUAUAUUUAAUUUUAUAAAUUGCACUUUUCUUUUUAGAUUUGCCCAAGUGUUUUAUUAUAUGAGCUAAUAUCUUCUGAGCAAUACUUUGAGCAGUAUACAGUUGCUUUGUUUGUUUUUUUUUCUCUCUUCCCCCUUUAAACAUCAAUAUCAUGUAUGUGCAGGAAAUGGGCGUAUCAGGAUGUUGUGAUUAAUGUUUAUAUACACAUACCUUUGAAAAUUGAUUUGGAAAGUAGCAUAAAGUUUGCUGUUGGAUAAUUCUGCUCAGCCACAUGUUUGCUGAGAUGAAGUGGUCAGGAAGAUGAAAUGACAUGUUGGAAACUUCUGCCUGUCAAAAAUAACUUAUUGCCCUCGUUUCCUGUCAAACUGCUUCUGUUUCAUUGUGAUUAAGAUAAUCUACACGUUAUCCUCCCCAGUACUGUCAUUUUAAGACUAUGCGCACAUAAGAAUUGUCUUUGUUUUGUAAAUGGGCUUUAGUGACUUUUGUGCAACAUUGGCUUCUAUAGUUUAUGGUAAAGACGUUUUGCAGCAGGUGGGUUCAGAUUUCUUAAAGUUAUGUUCCUACAAAACUGUAAUAUAUGUCUGGGCACUGAAAAAGUUAUUGGUUGGUGUACUGACCACUGGAACACAUUAGGGACAAAUUGCACAGUUGUGCAAAAAUAUUCAGACUGUUUGCUAAUAUCAUGAGUUCUCAGUAGUCUUGAGUGAGUGGAAAAAUUAAUUUCCCAGAAUUAAUACUGCAAAUCAACAAUAAACUGCAGUCUAGUAAAGUGGAAUAGGGGAAUUUUUAAUGUGGAAAUGAACUUUUAAAUAUACAUGAGAUUCUAUGAAUUCUUAGCCCUCAUCGACUUAAUAAUUCAUUUUCAAAAAAGACUGAGAAAUGUGGAUUUUGGCCUCCGCCUCUUACCCUUUAGUCAAAGACGUAGGGAUUUCUGAGAGGCAGUACAGACAUGAAAAAUGAUUACCAUGGAUGAUUGUUCUUUUGAAUUACCUAUAAAGUAUAUGGCCAUUUGAGUAUUGUAUUGAGAUCAUUUUGAGGGGGAAAAAAUGAAUCUGUCCUUUAAGAACUAGGAAUAAGGUAUAAACAUUUCUUGAAAUGUGGUUCUGUUGAAGCUUUGGUCAUCAGCAUUGUAAUUGUUAAUUGGAGGAUUCUGUCACCCCAUGCUUAUUCGCAAAAUGGCUUUACUCACUUGGAGGGCUUUUAAUGAGCUAAUUAACCUUUCCUACAAGUCUUCCAUGAGAUGGAGCAGAGCUCGACAAUUAAAAGCUCUUGCUUUCUAAAUGCACAUGCUGCAGUGCAGUGGUAUCAAAGCCAUUUGAAUAAACUCAACCGAUCUCCUUAGCCAUAUGUAAUAUUGUCUUAAAAGUAUGCUAAACAAAAUUUGACAGCACCAGAAGACCAAAUUUGUGUGGCAUUGUAACUUGACAAAUGCUUGAAAUGCUACUAUGAAUGUAAAUGGUGGUCUUAAAUGAACAUGCUUUAUAGAAAUUGCACAUUACUGGUCUUUUCUCCCUUUUUCUUUGGCUUCCUCUUUUCUCUGGUGGCACUGAACAGUUCGAGACAUUUUUGUAUUAUAUCAAAUCCAUAUGCUGAGUUAGUGCACACUGUGCAAACAGUCAUGUGAAUAUACGCUCAUUUUGCUCUACUGGCUUUGUUUUAUACACUUCUGACUUACCGUUGCACCAACUCUUCAUUCGAGAGAAGAUUGAGGAACUUGUUGUCAUUCACUUGAUUUAUUUGUUUUGUUGCCUUGGCUGAAGCAAAUUUAAUAAUAAAUGGAUUAUUGAGUUUUCAUCCUAGCCAAAUGUGCUUUUACAGUCCGGCAUCAUGUGGAUGAAAAGAAAUCAAACUGAAUGUCUUUUAAGUUUUUAUAGAAACUUGUUGGCCAGUUGUUGUGCGACUGCACUGUGGGACAUUUUUAUACGCGAAUCGAUUUGGAGUGAAUGCCGAUGAAAAUGUUGCCAUAACGCGGAAUUGGUAUGUUUCAUUUUCAGAGCUGGCGUGUGAUUACAUCAAGUCUUUGGAAAUUUCUGGAAAUGAACCUGCAUAGUUUGUGUAUAUCUACCACGACUUCUCCACAUGUCGACCCUGAAGAAACAUUGAUGGCAUGUCUGUACAGACAGAAAUCUGAAUGAGUCAUCUUUUUACUUUGAGUAUGAACCAGUCGAUUUGAGUGAUUUAUUUAUUCAUUUUCCCCAUUUUCCAGUUGUUUCUUUACAAUUUUUAAACAAUGUCAACAACUUCUUUUGUAAGCACACAUUUUCACUUUUCUGUACUGUA